AUGUCAAAGCCAUUGCUUGAAGAUAACCACGCACCUCCUAAAGACCUUCUUGAUGAGGAAACUGUAUUUAGUUUGGAUGAUAGUUUGGAUGGUCUUCCUCUCACUCCAUCCAGUAGAAAAAAUGACGUCGAUUCUGAGCUUUCUCAUCCAGGCACUUCAUUGGGUUCGCAAAGUUUGUCUAGUAAUCGAAGGGACUCUCGUAUCAAAGCAGAAACUAUUCUUUCCAGAGUCAGUGCCUAUGCGGAUGUUUCCGAUGAUAUCACACUUGAACAGCUCUUUGAAUACGCCUGGCCCGAGGAGGGAGCAUCAGAAAGCAAAGAUGGCCCGACAUAUUAUGUGAUCCAAGAGUUGUUGGCUGAUUUUCUGAAGGUAAAGUCGUUUAAGCGGCGUUAUCCGGACCUUCAACGUCGCAUAUGUGACGCUUAUGAGCGCACUUGGCUCCAAGAAGGUGGUCUGGUGCCACCUGGUCGCGCUGAACUUGGUCUUACUGCUCUUCUCAGUGAUGAGGUGAUGGCCCUACUCCAAAAUGAUUUCCCUGAAAUCCAUGUGGUAGUCAGUGAUCUCUUUCGACAGCGUCGGUUCCAGCAACUCGCCGAUCGUCAAAAACGCCAAUACGAAGCAGCUCGAAUAGGCCGGGGAGAGGCACGAGCUGAACUAGCUCGAAAACGCGCGUUGGAAUCGGCGUCGGAUUUUAACAGGCAGUUGGUUGCCGAGCGUCAGAAGGAUCGUCGCUGCUACUGGGACUUACAAACUAUGCAGAUCCAUGUUCCUCAGUGGCCCUACCGUCUGCUGGAACCCCCAGUGCGAAAGGAUGGUGCCUAUCCCGUUGCCGUGAUCCCAGGCCAGUUCACGGAGAAUUACGUAGACCUCUCACCCUCCGAGCUAGCUUACAUUCCCCUCUCCAAGGCCCUGUGUACCCUCCCUCCACACCUUCAAAGCAAGCGACCUCUUCGUCAGCCGCCGCCGUUACCCACCAUGUUGCGGUAUGGCGACCUGAGCGAUAGUCCGCGUGCGUCUAACAGCAGUGAUGGUAUCAGUCUUUCUACUCCACAGGCGGCUAAUCAGGUGAAUAAUAAGUAA